AUGAACCUGCACCACCGGCAUGUCACGGAUUCUAACAUUUGUGACCUGUGUGGAGAGUUUCCUGAGGAUACCGUUCACGCUAUAUGGACAUGCAAGGAGGUAGCCGGUGUUUGGUCGUCCUUGGAUUGGUUCCACCAAUCUGUCCUUGUUCAGCCCGUGAAUUACAGAGAGUUGUUGGCUAGGUUUAUGCCAAGUCAAGAUGAUUACAAAGCUGAGAUUUUUGCCAUAGCUGGGUGGUACGUGUGGAAUAGGCGCAAUGCCAUUCACUUCAACCGAGCAGUCUGGCCUGUGGAUAGCAUUCGCAUGGAGGCUGGUAGCUUUCUUCAGGAGUUUCUUCAAGCACGAGAGGUUGAGCUGAGUCCUCCACGUCCUCAGGUGAUACAAUGGUGGCGACCUCCUAAUCCGUACAUCUACAAGAUCAACUUUGAUGUUGCGGUCUUUCAAACUUCGAACCUGGCAGGUGUGGGAGUGAUUGUUCGUGACAACAGGGGUGAUUCAAUUAGGGCGCUAACCAUGCCUGUUCCUUUCAGCCGUGUAUGUAACUCUGUUGCUGAUGCGUUGGCUAAGAAAGCUAGUUCUGGUGUUGGGCUUCAGUCUGAGGAGUGGGUCAAGGACGCUCGUAAUGAGGCCAGGGCUAAAGCCCUCUCCCGUGCUGAUGUUGAUAAGUCCUUGGGGGCCCUUAAACAAAAACAAGCGGAGCUGUCCGAGAAGCUGAAAGAAGCUGACAAGUCUCGCCUUAGUGCCAAGGCAGGUCUAAAGACCGUGGAGAGGGAUUAUUGCGCCGAGACAUUGGUCGAAGCGCUCAAUCAGGCGGGAGCCCCUGCAGACUCCGAGCUUAGGAAGGCUGAGAAUGUUUUCAUCCCAGAGGACAUCCGGGAGGUCCCAGCAAUGCUCCCUCCUCCUGAGCAGCUAUCCACUGUCCAAGUCCCUCCUUCUGAUGCUGAUAAGGACCCAGUAGGGGCUGGAAAAAGGUAA